AUGUUGGCGAAAUUGCUUUGCCGCCCACGCCCACCAAAGCUGGUGACCUGUCCUUCCAGCGAUUCUCCCGGUUUAAUCGGGAUGCAUCAGCUUGGAUCGCGGUUGCUGAUGUGGCGCUCUGGGUUUCCGCGCAAUGCGCUGCAGGGCUUCGGGGGGAAGGACUGUGCCAUGGGCAACGCGCACACAGUGCAGCCGGUUGUGUUGCAGCGUUUUGCACAGCGCUAUGCUCACCUUUCCCCCAUGCUCCGAGUGAUUCGACAUGCUGCUAUCAACAGAGCUUGGCGCGAUGAAGGCAUGAUCUGGCAUCGAACGCUGGCAGCGAUCUUUCCAGAGACAGGACUGCGGCUCUUGGGCACGGACCUUUCCGAGCAGAAGAUCGCGACUGCAUGCAAGGGAGAGUAUCCCUGGUACUCAUUGAAGGGCCUGCCGCUGGACUGGUGUGAGCAAUUCUUCGAUUCUCCUGCCACUUCGACUCGAGGGCUCCGGCCUCGGGCGACGGCGCGCCUGCAAGCAGCGCGAGCCUUCGCCAGUCAGGGUGCCGAAGCCCUCUACAGAGUCAAGGACAAGAGUGACAGUGAGCUGCGCGCAGAUGUGGAGUUCCUGUGCCAGGACGUAACCGAAGAAAUGCCAGAGGGCCCUUUCGACGUCAUCCUCUCAAGAUAUGCUGUUUGCCUGUAUCUGCAGGGCGAACAGCGAGCUCACGUCCUGGUGCAGAUGGUCGAAAGGCUUCGCCCGGGAGGUUUCCUGGUGAUUGGGGGCAAGGACCAUUUGCCGAAUGGCUUCUGCGAGAAGAACGGUCUCAUCGAGGUGGAUUACCGGGCUGAGGAGAUUGGCCUCGGCGACGUGAGGUGCAUUUUUCAGAAGUCUGGCGGUGCUGCGCUCGACUCUAAAGCGGCAGACAGGCGAGGAAGGGCUCCGUGCUACUCGCAGUACGUCCGAUCCCUCGGCAGCGAGCCGUACUGGGUGGCCGAGAGGCGGCGCUUGGAGCGCCAGCGCUUGGCUGUCCAGAUGAGCCAAAAGAGCCGCGACCUGCUGAAGCGGGCCGUGCAGGAAGGCCGGCGGCACUGCGACAGCCCUUUCACAAGAGAAAGUACAGCUGGGAGAUUCGAGCAGAGCCCGGUAGAGACGAGCCCGUCGAUGCCAAAGGAGGAGCGCGAGCUCCGAUUGCAAAGCUUCUUGCAGCGCUUAGAGAAGGACCUGGCAGAACGUGGCCGCAAGUCCUUGAAAGCGGAGAUCGAAAGGUUGGAUUGCCUCCUACCUGGAUUGCCCAAGCUGAAGGGCAAGAGAAAGAAGAAAAGAAAGAAGAGGAGGAGGAAGAAAGCAAAGCCAGGAACUGUGCCUGCAGCAGAAGCUUUGGACCAGGCGGAGCAGGCAGAGCAUGAGCGGGAGGAGGACGAGGACGAAGAUGCCAGGGAUGACGACCUCACACCCGAUGAGGACAACUUCGACAGCAUCCUUUUUGCCGCAGCUUCUGGAGGUAUGCAAUUCUUCUGA